AUGGUGAAUUACAAAGUAACAGUGCACACUGCUGACCUCGACGAAGCCGGCACAUCAAAUGUUGUUUUCAUUAAGCUGGUCGGCACAGAUGGGGAGAGUGAAAGCAAGAUACUCAGAAGAUGUUGUGGGGCUUCACCAUUCAAAAGAGGGGCAGUGUCUAGUUUUACUGUGUCCUGCCCUGCCUCCAUUGGAAAUCUGGUCCUGAUAGAGCUGGAGAAAAAACAUUCCCGUUAUUGCCCAAAAAAAUCUUGGUUACCUGCCAAGAUAGAAGUGAAUUCUCCUGAGGGAGACACCUACAACUUUCCCAUCUACCGCUGGAUCUCUGACAGCGAGGUGCACCGCUUCAGAGAGGGAACAGCUCUAAGAGUCUUUGAAGAGAGCCAUGAUCAUGGCCGGUACAGUCGGGAGCAGGAGCUGGAUCAGCGAGAGAAAGACUAUUGCUGGCGUGUGUAUGCAGAGGGAAUACCCCACUGCCUGGCAACAGACGACCUUGAUAAUCUGCCUCAUGAGGACUACUUCUCAUCCAUCAAGGAAAGACAGUUAACCUUCACUCUAGAGUCAGGGCUAAUUCAGCUGAAACUGGAGGGACUGGCUAAUUCCAAGGAGAACUGGUCUGAUAUUGAUGAUAUCGAUAAGGUGUUCCUCUUCAGGGACACUAACAUAUAUGACUAUGUCCAGCAACAUUGGAAGGAGGACAGUUUUUUUGGUAACCAGUACUUGAAAGGUAUCAACCCCAUGUUGAUCCGACGCUGUUCAGCUCUGCCAGAUAACUUCCCUGUCACUGACAGCAUGGUGUUCCCCGGUGGACAGUGUAGCUUGGCAGAUGAAAUGAAGAAAGGCAACAUAUUCCUGUGUGACUACAAGCGUUUGGAUGGACUGAAAGAAAACUACAUCGAUGGGAAGAGGCAGUACUUAAGGGCUCCUCUUGUCCUGCUCCACAAAACACCUGAUGAGCUGACGCCGAUUGCUAUUCAGCUGAAGCAGGCUCCAGCAGAUGACAAUCCCAUCUUCUUCCCUACUGAUUCUGAGUACGACUGGCUGAUGGCCAAGAUAUUUGUGAGAAGUGCAGAUUUCAACGAGUAUGAGCUCAACGUUCACCUGCUGCGCACUCAUCUGCUGGCUGAGGUGUUUGCAGUGUCGCUGCUGCGCAACCUGCCCAUGGUGCACCCACUGUACAAGCUCCUCAAACCUCACACUAAUGGCACUGUAGUGAUCAACCACUUGGCUCGAAGUCUGCUAAUAUCUGAGGAUGGAUUUUUUAAAAACUAUACAUCUACUGGUGGAGAGGGUGUGAUCACACUCCUGAAGAGGUCCCUUUCCUCAAUGACCUUCAGCUCUCUCUGCAUACCAGAAGACAUUGCUGAGCGUGGGUUGGAGGAUGUGCCGAACUUCUACUACAGAGAUGAUGGACUCAAGCUUUGGGACAUCAUCCACAGGUUUGUGCAGGGAGUGCUAAGCUUCUACUACAAGAGUGACGCUGAGGUCCAGAAAGACUCUGAACUGCAGAAGUGGAUUGCGGAUAUUUUUGAACAUGGAUUCCUUUCCCAAAAAAGCACAGGAAUUCCUCGGAGUUUUACCACUGUGGCUGAGAUGGUCAAGUUUGUCACCAUGGUGAUCUUCACUUGCUCUGCACAGCACUCAGCUGUGAACACUGGACAGUACGACUACAGUGGCUGGAUGCCCAACAGUCCCGUCUCCCUGCAGCGUCCUCCACCAACCACAAAGGGGACAACAAGUAAGGCCAAAAUGCUGCAGACAUUGCCUAACAAGGGUGCAACAGCUAGAGGAAUGGCCGUCUUGUGGCUACUAAGCAAGCAGUACUCUGACUUCGUCCCUCUUGGCCAUUACCAACAGCACCAUUUCUGUGAGAAGGUUCCCUGCAAGCUGAUCAAGGCUUUUCAAGCAGAGCUUGAAGUGUUAAGUGCGCUCAUCGAAGCCAGAAACAAAAGUCUGGAGAUCCCAUACACAUACCUGGAUCCAGCAGAGGUUGAUAAUAGUUUGGCCAUUUGA